GUCACUUCCUGAGGGGGCGGGGCAUCGCGAGGACGCGCGCUGUUUGCGUGCUGUUUGCGUGCUGCGUCAUCACCGACGUUCUCCGGGCUUCUGGAAGGACGUGGGGCCGCCGCCGGUGUCGUUCACGUCCACACGAGCGUCCCGGCCGUCCGUAGCGUCUGCUCGGGCAUUUCACACGCUUUAAAACAUGAUCAGGAACGGAAGCCACGCGGCGGCGGAGGAGGAGGAGCAGGCCGAACCGAGCUCCUCGAGCCGCAGCCCAGAGAAGAGGAAGCGGGUGAUCCGGGUGUGGUGUGACGGCUGCUAUGACAUGGUGCACUACGGUCACGCUAACCAGUUACGACAGGCCAAAGCGAUGGGAGAUUACCUCGUGGUAGGCGUACACACGGACGAGGAAAUAGCCAAGCACAAGGGUCCCCCGGUCUUCACGCAGGCCGAGCGGUAUAAAAUGAUACGGGCCACAAAGUGGGUGGAUGAGAUCGUUGAGGGGGCUCCGUAUGUUUCUACGCUGGAGACGCUGGACAAGUACAACUGUGAUUUCUGCGUGCACGGAGAUGACAUCACACUGACCGUGGAUGGAAAAGAUACAUAUGACGAAGUGAAGAGAAUGGGCCGAUACAGGGAAUGUAAACGCACGCAGGGGGUGUCUACGACGGAUCUAGUGGGUCGUAUGCUCUUGUUAACGAAAUCACAUCACAGCAACGUUGAUAAUGCGGCUUACCAGCUACACACAGAUAACUUUGGGAAGGGUCCUAAAGGGCACAGCCCUUGGACUGGCGUCUCUCAGUUCCUGCAGACGUCUCAGAAGAUCAUCCAGUUCGCCUCAGGGAAAGAACCACAGCCCGGAGACACAAUUAUUUAUGUAGCCGGAGCUUUCGACCUCUUCCAUAUCGGCCACGUGGAUUUCCUCGAGACCGUUCACAAACAAGCAGAGAAACCUUACGUCAUUGUCGGACUGCACUUUGACCAGGAAGUAAACCGCUAUAAAGGAAAGAACUACCCCAUCAUGAAUAUUCACGAGAGAACUUUGAGUGUGCUGGCUUGCAGGUACGUGUCAGAGGUUGUGAUCGGGGCUCCGUACGCAGUAGGAAAAGAUCUUCUGGAUCACUUUAAGGUGGACUUGGUGUGUCAUGGGAAGACCGAAGUGUUUUCUGACACAGAUGGGACAGACCCUUACGCCGAGCCAAAGAAGAGAGGUAUUUUUCGCAUCCUGGACAGCGGCAACAAUCUGACCACCGACGACAUCGUGCAGAGAAUCAUCGAGAACAGGUUGCAGUUUGAGGCCAGGAAUCAGAAGAAGGAAGCUAAAGAGAUGGCCGUGAUUGAAGCUUUGAAGCACAAAGAGGAUUCGCUGAAGACCGACGCGGCUCUAACGAAUAAUUAACCGAACUGUCCAAACCGAACGAAUCAAGGGCUUUGUCGUAGAACCAAAAUUUCCCCCGGACUGUAAUACAAACAAAAUGCCUGAGCUGAGGCUGCUUUUAACAAUGGACUUUUUUUUAAUACCGUACGACUCUUGUUUGACGACGAAAGCACUUUGUUGUGCGUGGAGAGUUUUUAUGAUACCUAUUAAAUGGGUUGGAAGACAUUCUCUGGAUGGGAGGAACACUGAAAAACAUUCAGCAGCUACUUUUGCAUUGUGUGUGGAGGUCAUGGGAGGAUUGUGUCAUUUCAGUGGUUUUGAAGUUUUGUAGUUGAGCAGAGAAACGCUCUGUGAAGAAACGCUUGAUGUCGGCUGCAUGCGUACUAGCGGUUAGUAUGCAUGUAAGCUUAUUCGGAUUUUAUGCUGGAUAUAUGGAAAUAUAUCCAGGUCACAUUUAACCCCAAAAUCAAGAGAUAAAAAAAAAAUAUAUAUAUAUAUAUAUUGUUUUCGAGAAGAAAGACUGUUGAGGCAUUUUUUUGCAUUGUGAUAUUAAUUUUAUUACUGAAUUUUCAUCCAUAUUCUCAUCAUCCUAAUGUUUCUGGACAUUUAUCCUCUUAUUUUAUAUUUUAUUUAAAUUUUUUUUUUUAUUUCAUAAGGUUCUCAUUUGCAGUAGUAAUUCUUAUUAGAUUUUCUUUAUAGUAAUUUUAACUAAAUAUCUUGUCUUUUUUUUUUUUUUUUUUUUUUUUUUUUUUUUUUUAUUAUUGAUCUUUUUUCCAUUUCGACACAUGCGCUUAUUUAUAAAAAUAGUAUCACAAUGGCAAAGAAAUUUAAAUAAAAAAAUAAAAAAUAAAAAAUUCAUCCUGGCCAUUUCUAACUCAACUAUUGGUUCAUACGCUGUCCAUAGUCACACAUCUGCCAUUUUACCGUUUUACCACUUUUAUUUUCACUUUCUUAUCUUUGUUUGUUGUGACAUGAUCAAAGUCACAGCCAAAGACCUCAGGUUAGAUGUCAGUUUGACGUCACGCUUUUACUCAUUUUAACGUGCACCAAAUAAUCUCUACAAAGUCUCAAAGUUGAUUGGUAAAAGUCAAACUUGCUUUUUUCAUAUGUACUUUUAUCUUGUUUUAUGCGAUUUGUUGUCCGUUUUUGUUUUUAAUGAAUGUCGAAGCACCUUGGGAUUGCAGCAUGUUUUUACUGUGCGUUAAGGGUGAAUUGCUGUGGGGGAAAAAAACACUAAUUUAAUGUUUUUACGUUGCAUAAAUGUUGAGUGACCAAUUCUGAAUGUGGAGUUAAUGUCUUCAGACAAUCUAUAAUUUAUCAUCCCAUGCAUCAUAUGCCGAAAAUCAUCAAAACGCAUCAAUUAAUUGCAAAUUCAGUUGCAAUAAAAAGUACGAAAGCA